GCAUGGACCUGCCUUCUAUUUUUCACCAUGUUGAUAAUGGUGUUAGUUUGUCUUGAAUUUUUGUGAAGUGCUUGAAGUUUGAUUUUUCAAGGAAGAAGGAUUUUAUUAUAAGGACAAUGGUGCUGAAAAAGGGAAGAGUUAUUGCCGCCGCCGUGGUUACCUGCAUUGUUUUACAAGAUGUUGAUAAUGGUGUUAGUUCGUCUUGAAUUUUUGUGAAGUGCUUGAAGUUUGGUUUUUCAAGGGAGAAGGAUUUUAUUAUAAGGACAAUGGUACUGAAAAGGGGAAGAGUUAUUGCCGCCGCCGUGGUUGCCUGCGUUGUUUUACAAGCGACGCUGGCGUUACGUCUGACCGAAGUAAGGAUACCGAGCCACGUAAUAAGGGACUCAUCGCCCAGAUUGGAAUGUCACUACGACCUAGACGGGGAGGCACUGUACUCGGUUAAGUGGUACAAGGAUGGACACGAGUUUUAUCGGUAUGUUCCACGCGAUAUGCCCCCGGCACAGGUUUUCGGGCUUCCAGGAAUCAAUGUUGAUUUGAACGCAUCGACGGACACCGCGGUCGUAUUGCAGUCAGUCGAUCUCGUGUCCUCGGGCCGUUUCCGAUGCGAAGUGAGCGCCGAAGCACCGUCCUUCCAGACAGUAUCCGAGCACGGAGACGUUGUCGUCGUCGCACUGCCAGAAGAAGGUCCCCGCAUAACAGGCGGCAGACCGCGCUAUCAGAUUGGCGACGUGGUUCGCGUCAAUUGCACAGCCGGACGCUCCAAACCUGCCGCCGAAUUAAAUUGGUUCAUCAACGGCGAAUCGGCGGACCCCGAAUUGCUGCGAGGACCUCAUAAGUUGAUCACGGGGCGCGAGGGCCUCGAGACCACAAUAUUGGGGUUGCAGUUUCGCGUUAGGCCGAGACAUUUCAAGAAAGGCGAUAUGAAGCUAAAGUGUUUGGCUACGAUUUCUACGGUUUAUUGGCGUAGUAAUGAGGAAUCAGUCGAAGGUGACAAACCUCAAAGGGCUCCUGUUUUAGAAUCGAGGGAAACCGUCAGGCCUGUUGGGUCCCGGGCGGACCGAGUACAAGCAUCCAGCCAUGGAACCAGGACCUUCGGGGGUCAUUUCCAUCAAAUUCUGACCAUAUUAUGCUGUUUUUUGGCGACUUUUGCAGUCGUCGCCUCCACGAAAAGAUCCUCUUCAGUUUCUGCCAACGUUGAUCGGAGGUAACAAUCUGAAUUUUAGAUACUAUUAUACCAGAUACAUAUAAUCAACUGUGUACAUGCCAAAUCAUUACUAAUGUCCUUGUAUCACGUACGAGUGUGUGAAGAGCCUAGUCUAUUUGUAGUUGAAAUUUAGCCAUUGGAAAUAGCAUAGGGUAAUGCAUAUUAUUUUUUUAUCAAUUGACUCUUGACUUUGUAAGUUAUAUGAAUUUUAUAAUUUUUUUUAAAUA